AGGAGAGCCCUGCAAAACAUGUAGAUACCCCGGUGUUUUCAAGAUCCCCUCAAAUUAUGCAGGCACAACGUAAACCUUCAAGGAACUUGAGCCUAAACCAGGCCAUGGAAGACACUUGUGAACUAGAUCUGGUAUAUGUCACAGAACGGAUAAUUGCUGUCAACUUUGCAAGUUUGUCGGAAGAACAGACCUUCUGCAGCAACCUGAAGGAGGUGGCUCAAAUGCUUAAAUCCAAGCAUGGGGACAAUUACUUGCUUCUUAAUCUAUCAGAGAGGAGGCACGACAUCAGCAAGCUACAUUGCAAGGUGCUGGAUUUUGGGUGGCCUGACUUGCAUACCCCUGCGCUGGAGAAGAUAUGCAGCAUCUGCAAGGCCAUGGAUACGUGGCUCAAUGCUGACCCACACAACGUGGUAGUGUUGCAUAAUAAGGGAAACAGAGGUCGAACAGGGGUUGUUAUUGCUGCUUACAUGCACUAUAGCAAUAUUUCAGCCAGUGCAGAUCAGGCUCUGGACCGGUUUGCCAUGAAGAGGUUCUAUGAGGACAAGGUGAUCCCAGCUGGGCAGCCAUCUCAGAAGAGAUAUGUCCAUUACUUCAGCGGUCUGCUGUCUGGCACCAUCAAAAUGAACAACAAGCCCCUCUUCUUGCAUCAUGUCAUCAUGCAUGGGAUACCCAACUUUGAAUCUAAAGGAGGCUGCCGGCCCUUCCUCAAGAUAUAUCAGGCAAUGCAACCGGUCUACACAUCAGGAAUCUACAAUGUGCAGGGAGAUAGCCAGACGAGCAUCUGUAUCACCAUAGAACCAGGACUCCUCUUAAAAGGAGAUAUUUUGCUGAAAUGCUAUCACAAGGAAUUCCGUAGCCCGACUCGGGAUGUCAUCUUUCGAGUGCAGUUCCAUACAUGUGCCAUUCACGAUUUGGCUAUUGUCUUCAAUAAAGAGGACCUGGAUGAUGCCUUUAAAGAUGAUCGGUUUCCUGAGUAUGGGAAGGUGGAAUUUGUAUUCUCCUAUGGUCCCGAGAAGAUUCAAGGCAUGGAACAUUUAGAGAAUGGCCCAAGUGUCUCUGUGGAUUACAACACUUCAGAUCCACUCAUCCGCAGAGAUUCCUAUGAAAACUUCAAUAUACGUCGUGAAGACAGCAUGGAUGAAGUUGGACACACCCAAGGACCCCUGGAUGGAAGCCUCUAUGCCAAGGUGAAAAAGAAAGACUCGCUUCACGGCAGCACUGGCACUGUCAACCCCAACCGGCUUGCCCUCUCUGCCGCCCCCAACCACAUUGAGCACACGCUCUCGGUAAGCAGUGAUUCAGGGAACUCAACUGCUUCCACCAAGACAGACAAGACUGAUGAGCAGGCAGCACCUUCGGUUCCCAGCAGCAGUGGAGGAAACAACCCUAUUUUGACUCCCGAAGAAAAGCGGGAGCUUGAGAGUUUGCUUAGUGGAUUUGGUUUGGAAAACGAAGCCACCAUGCACAACCACAGCCCCAGUGAGGUAACAGCAGCUCUUUCUGCUUCACCAGGCCGCCAUAUCAUACCAGCUCAGGUUCAUGUCAAUGGGGAAGCUGCUGGCUUAGUGGCUGAGAGGGAAACCGACAUUUUGGAUGAUGAGUUGCCCAACCAGGAUGGACACAGUGUGGGUAGCUUAGGUACCCUCUCCUCUUUCGAUGGCACUACCAACACCAGUGACAUUGGCUAUCAUGAGGCUCCCCGGAUGGAGAGCCUCAAUUCCUUACCCAAUGGUUCAUCCAAUUUCAAUGGCUUAGACAAGCUGCACGAUUCGGAGAUGGUUAUCAAUGGUGGUUAUCCCUACAACAACCAGAAUGCCUUGCGGAACAUCAUGGGACGUCACCCUCAUGAUCCUUAUGCGCACAUCAGGCCCUCAGUGUCUGCCCAAGAAAAUUUGGCUGAUUAUCACCAGCAUGGCUUCCCCACUCCUGGCUGGUUACAACCCCAGCCACCAGCCUCCAGCCAGCAGUAUCCCUAUGGCUACGACUCAAAUAGCAUAUAUCGCUCCCAGUCCUUCCCCACAGCUACUGCUGAAAUCUCCCAGCUUCCUCAAGCACCAGCCCGGAGCACAAGUAGUCGAGAAGCUGUCCAGAGGGGGCUUAAUUCUUGGCAGCAACAAGGUGGAGGUAGCAGACCACCAUCACGUCAACAGGAUGGUGCUCGAGACAGCCAUAGUUCCAGCAUUGCUAGUGCAAGUCCCCAGUCCAGCCCUUCACAAGCAGCACCCUCUCAAAGCAUAAGCAUCCCCGAAUUCCCUAGAGUUGCCUCCCAGAGGGAAAUAGAACAAUCCAUUGAAGCUCUCAAUAUGCUCAUGCAUGACCUGGAUCCCCCGGUCUCCGUAAUGCCUAAAUCCCAGAGUGUUCCAUUGGCUACCAGAGAAGAUAGGCCGCAUCUAGUAGCUCUUUCAAUGUCUGCCCAACCUGUGAUAGGAUCUCAGGUGGUGCAACCAAAGGCUACCAAUGCUUUUGGCUUGAUUCCAGGAAGCCCUUCACAAAACUCUCUUGGCUCCAGUGUGCCCCAGAUGGCCGAGCCAAUACCUAAAGCGCAUCCUAUGAAACUAUUGCUCAACAGUGUUGGAGAACCGGAGUGUCCAGCACAAGAUCUCAGAGAGGCCUAUUCUCCAUAUGGCUAUCAGAAUCAACAGCCAUCUGUAAUACAAGGAAAGAGCCUUGGGCAGAUGGCAGGAAGCCCACCCACAUCUCUCAGGCCCCACGCAGCAGCAUGCAAAGUCAUGGAAGGGCAGCAUCCUCUGCUGAUAUCACCUCCCUCAUCCACAACAGCAGUCCAAACUCAGAUGCUCUUAAACGAGGCUGAGCAUCACGGGGAAACCUCUCAGGCCUCAGGGGAAGAGCCUUUGCAUCUUGAAGGUCUGGUGGCCCACAGAAUAGCAGGAGUGCAGCUGCCACAGGAGAAGUCACCAGAUGAAGGCGAAGCCCUUGUCCGGAGACGUACCACCAGUGAGGGUCAAUACGAGACCAGUCCCCAGGAACCCAGUUCACCACGAAGCCCGACCGUUCGAUCACCCAUUCACUGUGUCUCACCAGAAGUGGUCAGCACCAUCGCUGCCAAUCCUGGAGGAAGACCUAAGGAGCCCCAUCUUCAUAGCUACAAAGAAGCUUUGGAGGAGAUACAGGGGACCUCUCCAAGCAGCCCACCUUCCAGUGGUGUGCGCUCUCCACCAGGACUGGCUAAAACUCCACUUUCAGCAUUGGGGCUGAAACCUCAUAAUCCAGCAGAGAUUUUGUUGCACCAGACAGGAGAGCCUCGGAGCUACGUGGAAUCUGUGGCUCGUACAGCAGCAGCAGCAGGCAGUAGUGGUGGGAGUGGAAGCAGCCUUGCUAGGAAGCCCCAGCCAUCUUUGGUUUCAGAGACCUACAGCACUGAGAUACCUGUAAGGAAUGAAUCCCUCAACAACUCCUUCGCCUUGCCUAGCCCAGCUUCUGCCAGCAGCCCCAUACAUAGCAUGGACGGGAUCUCUAUUGGUGGUUAUCCUUCAGAAAACAGUACCAGCAUAGCCAUUUCCUCCCAGCCAUCUGCCGAGUCCAGCUUCCAAUCCACUAAUCUUUCUCAGGGUCCUUCAGCACACAGCAGUUACCAAAAUACAUCUACAUCAACUCAGGGCUUGCCAGUCUCUAUGAAUGCCGACUUCCCUGAUGGCCGAAUCAGCACUCAACAAGAUAGCCAUCCAAGGCCUCAAGCCCAGAUCAUUGCAUCUGGGGUCCAAAUCAUGCCUGGAAGCCCACAUGCCCUUCAUAGAACAGUAGCUACCAAUACUCCCGCUAGCCCAGGAUUUGGGCGAAGAACUGUUAGCACAAAUAUGGUGGCCGUUCCAGGAAGCCCAAGCAUGAACAGGCACUUAAUGGGUCCCCAUAGCACUGUUGUUUCAUCACCUGGGAGUCCAAGCCAUGCUCGUCACCAGCCCGUAGCAGGGGGUAGCACAGCCAUUAUUUCCGGGAGUCCCAGUCUGGAUCGACACAUAAUAUGUGGGUACUCAACUCCAGAGGAAAAGCAACAAACACUGUCUCGCCAAAGCAGUGCUUCAGGUUAUCAAGCUCCCUCUACCCCAUCAUUUCCUGUCUCCCCAGCAUACUAUCAUGGAAUUAGCCCACAUUCCUCUUCCCCUGACUCGGCAGUAUACAGACAGGGCAGCCCCACCCCACACCAACCAUUGCUCCCCGAGAAAAGAAGGAUGUCAUCAGGGGAUCGAUCAAACAGCCUGCCAAACUAUGCUACAGUGAAUGGCAAGACUUCAUCACCCAUUUCCAGUGGCAUGUCCAGUCCCAGCAGUGGGAGCAGUAUGGCCUUUCAUCAUACUCUGCCAGAUUUUUCCAAAUUUUCAAUGCCAGACAGCAGUCCUGAAACAAGAGCAAAUGUAAAGUUCGUCCAGGAUACCUCGAAAUACUGGUACAAGCCAGAGAUCUCCAGAGAACAAGCCAUUGCGUUGCUAAAAGACAAGGAACCGGGUGCCUUCAUCAUUCGAGACAGCCACUCUUUCCGGGGAGCCUACGGACUGGCCAUGAAAGUAGCUUCACCACCUCCGGGUGUUAUACAACAGAGCAAGAAAGGAGACAUCACUAAUGAGCUGGUAAGACAUUUCCUGAUAGAAACCAGCCCUAAAGGUGUGAAACUAAAAGGAUGUCCCAAUGAACCCAAUUUUGGUUGCCUCUCUGCUCUGGUGUAUCAGCACUCAAUCAUGCCUCUGGCAUUGCCUUGUAAGCUGGUCAUUCCUGACAGAGAUCCUAUGGACGAAACAAAAGAAACAACAUCAUCCAGCAGCUCAGCAACUGAUUUGCUCAAACAGGGAGCAGCUUGCAACGUGCUGUUUGUAAACUCAGUAGAGAUGGAAUCAUUAACCGGUCCUCAGGCCAUCGCCAAAGCUAUCACUGAGACACUGGCUGCUGACAUCUCUCCCUCUGCUACUAUUGUCCACUUCAAAGUCUCCACACAAGGCAUCACCUUGACAGACAAUCAGAGGAAACUGUUCUUCAGACGACAUUACCCUAUCGUUACUGUCACCUUCUGUGAUGUGGACCCACAGGACAGAAAGUGGACUAAAUCAGAAUCUGGUGGUGCUGCCAAACUCUUUGGCUUCGUGGCUAGGAAGCAAGGCAGUACGACGGACAACGUUUGCCACCUCUUUGCUGAGCUGGAUCCAGAUCAGCCAGCGGCCGCCAUUGUCAAUUUUGUUUCCAGAGUUAUGCUUGGCUCUUCUCACAAGAGAUGAACUGUGGCUUCCCCCUUGCAGGGGGCUUCUUGCCCUUGAAUUUUGUCGAAGG